CGCGAGACUGUCAGGAUUGACAAGCCUAAAAGGAUCUCAAUCCCGAGUUUGACAACAAGAAGAUCUUGGGUUAUUUCAUAUCGAUGGCCUCUUAAAUCCCGUGAAGGUCGCUGUAGUCGGUUCCAACGCAUUCAUUCCAGCUAUUGCCUUUGCGGAAGUCUACAACAUGCAGCGCACUUAUCUCACGUUUCAGCACAACGCUAAGCUUCACGCUUUGCAGGCUGUAGUCACCGCGGUCCGAUCAGUAGCUGCACUCGAAGAGGCCAACAGAGGACUUUUCAAGCAAGCCAAAGAAGACGACCAUGUUGUAGUUACGGAUCAAACUAUAUUUCACCCCCAAGGCGGUGGCCAACCUUCUGAUGUUGGUAUGAUGAAAAACGAAAAUGGAGCGAGAUUCGACGUGUCUAUGGUGCGUAUGAGUGCUAUAAACGACGGCGAAGUACUGCAUUUCGGCAGUUUUGCGGAAGCCUCAUCCAUUUUUAAACCUGGUGACUCAAUUACCCAAACCAUCGAUAGCGAGAAGCGCAACCUAUAUUCCCGUUAUCAUACUGCUGGACAUGUCCUUGGGGCAGCUGUUCGCCAUCUGGUUGAGAAGGAGAUAAACGGGUUCGAUGAAUUGAAGGCAUCGCAUUUCCCAGAUUCUGCCGCUUGUGAAUUUCAAGGUCUCAUUGAGGGAAAGUGGAAGGACGUCAUACAAACGCGCGUGGACGAAUACAUCGCCAAGGACAUGCCAGUUGAAAUUGAUUGGUGGGAUGAGAAUGAUUUUAAGGCCAACGGCCUUGAACGGCUAAUACCUGAUCGCGCGGCAAUGGGUAUGACGGAUGAAGAGAAAUUCCGCGUCGUGAAAAUUAUCGGCGCCGAAUCCUACCCUUGCGGCGGAACGCAUGUCGAUAGUACGGAAUUAUGUGGUAAAACUAAUGUUAAGAAGAUUAGUCGAGCGAAGGGGGUGAGCCGGGUGAGCUAUAUGCUACCUUAACACCACAUACAUUAAGCGGGCAACGACAGGAGCUAAAUAUGCGGAACGCCAACGCCAUCACUAAAUCUGCCUUUCUCUCAACACGAGUCUCGUUCCGAUACGGAAAUGGAGUAGCAAGCCUCUUAGCGUUCAGCGGCAGACAU